AUGGCCCACACGGACAUGGCUGAAACAGACUUGGCCGACACAGACAUGACCGACUCAGACAUGGCCGACUCGCACACGGCCGACUCACACACGACCGAUACGGACAUGGCCAACACAGACCUGACCGACUCACACACGGCCGACUCACACACGACCAAUACGGACACGGCCGACACAGACAUGGCCGACACAGACAUGACCGACUCAGACAUGGCCGACUCGCACACGGCCGACUCACACACGACCGAUACGGACAUGGCCAACACAGACCUGACCGACUCACACACGGCCGACUCACACACGACCAAUACGGACACGGCCGACACAGACAUGACCGACUCAGACAUGGCCGACUCGCACACGGCCGACUCACACACGACCGAUACGGACAUGGCCAACACAGACCUGACCGACUCACACACGGCCGACUCACACACGACCAAUACGGACACGGCCGACACAGACAUGGCCGACACAGACAUGGCCGACACAGACAUGGCCGACACAGACAUGACCGACUCAGACAUGGCCGACUCACACACGACCGAUACGGACAUGGCGGACACAGACAUGACCGACUCACACACGGCCGACACAGACAUGGCCGACACGGACAAGGAAAACGACAUAGCAGACGGAGAAACGCACUACACACACGCUGACUCGCUGAAUCGGAAGCUGAUGCAGACAGCGCAUCCAAAGAGAUUUUGCGAUUUUACGCCUCACCUAUUGGAAUAG